AUGAGCACUCAAAGAAGAGUCAUUCAACAAAGAGUUGUUACAGACCCAAACGUCCAUACCACAGCAGAAUUACCUCAAAAAUAUUACUUCUCCCCCACACUGGGUAUCUCUGUCGUUCACGAUUAUAACAAGAGUGAAGAGAUUUCUGAAGACGCUGCUGCUGCGGUUUUAAAUCCAGAUAAUUUGAAAGCCAUUGGUAUAAACAAUAUCAAUAACUUGAAUAUGAGAUAUAAUGGUUCUCCAAACACUGUGGCUUCAAAUACUUUGAAGUCUGCAAAGAGGAUAAAUUCAAUAAGAAAUAACUCCAACAUUAACACAAAUACAACUGUAAGUGGGAAUGCACUCACCACUUCUCAAACCACUAGGCUAUUGUCUCAGCCAGAUUCAAGUUAUUUCAAACAUAUUCCUACUACUUAUGUAGAAGAGGAAAUUAAUACCCCAGCUUAUCUAUAUUCACAACAACAACAACAACUACAACAACAACAACUACAAUUACAACAACAACAAUUACAAAUGCAACAACAACAGUUGCAAAUGCAAGUCCGUGAGGCAAAUAAUCAAAGAAGAUUAAGAAGGUCCAUUAAUAAGCCUUCCUACCAAAAUAAAUAUUCUUAUGAUAAUGACAAUUAUGCUUAUAAUAAUGAUUACGAGGGCAAAACUGCCACUGCAACCCCUAGAUCAGUGAGUUCUAAGAGAUUCGCUAAACAACAGCAAUCUAAAAGUAGAAACCCAUCUAGAGACUUAUACUAUGAAGACUUUGAUGAUGAUAUGACUGUAACUAACACUCCAAAAGUCACUCAAAGUAAGCACCAGCAUCAUUCUCAUCAUCGUUCCCAUUCUCAUUCUCAUAGUCACCCUCGUUCUCAUGUCCCAUCACAUUCUCAUUCUUAUUCAGGACCUUCUCAACGUCAUCAAUCUAUCCCAACGCCUCGUUCAAUGGAAAACAUGUCUACCACUACUCCAAAGAAAGUCUCUACUGGUUAUUUGAUGGAUGAACCUUUAACUUCUGAUGAAGAAGACGAAGAUCCUUAUUCAAAUGAAUUUAAAAAUUUUGAAGAAAAUAAUAUUGAUGAAUCAAACUUCAAUAAUCAAAGAAAGGCUACUACUACUAAGUCUUUAUAUAUGGAGAGAAGAAAAUCUAUGGAUCCAGGUUUACCAAUCAUCAAUACUGAACCUGCUUAUCCUUCUGAGAAAAAGUCUUUAAAACAAUCUAAGUAUGCUUCUAAACAAAAAAUUAGGAACGAAAUUCCAUUAGCCAUUGCUUUGACUCAAAAGAAAGUUACUGAUAAUGAUUCUAUUAAAGUUUCAGACUCAAUUGUCAAUUAUGUUAAUGAAGUAGUUCAUUCUCAUUUAGAUGAUGAUUUCGAGUUUAAUAAAGUUAGUCAAUUAAAUCCUCAAUAUCAAAGAAAAUAUAAAGACUUAUUAGGUUAUGAUUUGACUUCACAACAAUAUGAUGCUAUUAAAUCUUAUUUAAGAAAAUCAAACGCUAAUCCAAUCAAUAAUUCCUCCACUACUUCUUAUAAAGACAAUUCUUUGAAUUUUUAUGAUUUGGAUUUAGAUAAUUUUAAUGCAACUUCCUCCAAUAAUGCUAGAUCGGUUUCAAACACAUCCUCAUCUAAGAAAUUAGUUGGAUUAGAAAAGCAGAAGCAAAUGCAAAGACAAAAGAUUAAAAGUAGUACUAAUAAAGGUUAUCGUUCCGAUUCUGAUCUAGACUCUGAUUUCAAUUUCAAACUAGAUUUUGAUACUUCAGACAAAAGAUAUAUUUCUAAAAUAGCCAAACCAACCAUAAAGGAAAACGAAAAAUUCUUAAUCGACCAAAAUCUAGAUCUAGAUGAAAACGAUGGCUUUUAUGAAUUCAAUAAAUUUGAUUACUCUAUCCCAAUCACCUCAACAACUUCAGAUGCAAAAUAUCAAACCAGAAAGAAUAUUCGUAAUGAUGCUGAACUAUUCAUGACUCCUCGUGAGAAGCCUUCCAGACAAUCUAGUAGACGUUCAAGAAUGCGUUCUUCUUCUGCCUCGUAUGCAAGAACUAAAGCUUCUGAUAAAGUUCAAUCGGAUCGUUAUCGCCGUAGUCACUAUCAAGAACAACCUGGCUAUGAGUUAGAAAAUGAACCUGAUAUCCCAGACUAUUCUUCCAAAAACAUGAAUCGUAGUGUUUCUGAUUAUACCUCAACUAGACGCUCUAAAUCAAAGCGCAACUCUAAUUUACAAAAAAGAUAUUCUGAAAGAUAUGAUGAUGUUUAUAAUGCUGAUUAUGAUGAAAUUUUAGAAACUCCAAGGGGAACAAAAAUCGUACCUUCUCGUAAGAUCACUUCUCCUUCUAAGAAAAAUUCUAAAAAGACCCCUUCAAGGAAGGUCUCUACCCCGAGACAAGCUAAACAGCUUCUAGAUUCGAAUAUUAGAAAUUCUACCAUUCAAGUUGAAGAUAUUUCCACGUCAAAUAAACCGCUAUUGGGUUUAGGUGUUACAACGAAAAAUUCUGAUGAACCAAAUCCAGAAUAUUCCGAGCAAAAUGAGCAAGGUUUUGAAACUGUAACUGAAGAUGAAUCUGCUUUGGAAGAUACUGAUUUACAGCUUACUCCAACUCCUUAUGCAAAGAAAAAUAUCCCUAAAUCUCAGAACAUUACCACUACUUUGCCUCCUGUAGAGCAAACCUAUAAUGAUGAUGGGUUUCAAACUGUAACUGAAGGUGAAGAAGAUGAAGAUGAAUAUCCUCAAACCCCAGCUACCAAGCCUUCUCCAAGACUUGAUCGUCAUCAGAAACAACCACAGCAAUCUCCACGAUCUGGUACAUAUGCAGAAAAGAUCAUUGUUCCAAAUGAAUUACCGGAGGCUUAUCCCAUUGAAAAUCUAGAAAAUGAACCUGUCGAAGAUAGUGCCUUCAGUACUGAAGUAGAAGACGAAGAACAACAAGAUCUUGAUAAUGAUGAAUCUUUAAAAGAAACCUAUAGAGCUGCUGAUACUCGUUUCCCUAUUGAUCAAGUUUCUGUAUAUGAUGAUGAAGAGGAAGAAGAAGAAAUUGAAGCACCUCCUGAGACUGCACAACUUCAACCAGAAGCUCCAAGUUCAUAUAGAGAUGAGAUCGAUGAAGAUGAUUAUAUAAUCAACCCUUCUACUCCUGCACCUAAAGGAUCAACCGAGUACAACAAGAAUGUUAGACGUGUUUCAAAACAGAGAAAAUCAACAGAAAUUCAUCCAACUAGGAAAGCAUCUUCUCAUCCAAUAGCUAAAGCUUAUGAUAAGUUAACUUCAAGACAACAAAAAAUUAACGAACAAAAAAGAUCUGUUAGAAAAUCUGUUGCAAAGAAAAAUAGAAAGACAGCCUUUGUCAAUAAAGACACUCUAUUAAAUGAUGAUUAUUUUAAAUUAAAGAAUAUCCAAGAUGAAAAUUCACCUAUCUUCGAUGAAAAUGAUUUUGAGUAUUCUACUGUUAAUAAGCCUGCCACUCGUUCUCCAAAGAGAGUGACGUCGAGAAAAAAACAGGAAACUUUUGAUUUAAAUGAAACUUUGACUGAUAAUCAAAUUGAUCAAGAGGGUAGAGGUUUAAAUGGGAAUUUCUAUAGAACAUUACCAACAACAUAUGCUGGUUUACAAAAUAUUAAACAACGCCCAAAAAAGGUAAAAAGAGUGAAAAAAGUUACAGAAUCGCCAGGUCAGGCUAGAAAAGUAAAGCAUGGGAAGCAUAAAACUACUGAAACGGUUCUUCGCCCUCAAUAUGCCUCAGAUAAUCCAUUAAUGGCUGGUUAUGCUACAUCUAGUUUUAAAAGAAAAGAUCGCCAUUUUGCACCAGUUGGCACUUCUAUGAGACAUGAUGAGAAUAGUGAUUUAUGGAGACCUGUUAAUCAAAGUACUGUUUUAAUGGGACAAAGCCCUCAUUACAAAUAUCAAAAGAUUCAAACUAAGCCUACUUCACCAAGAAAACUAAAAAAAAAAUUAGUUAAAAAACAGCAACAACUUCCUUCACCAACACCUUCCCCCAUUACAAGUGAUCAUGAAAGUAUCCCAGAAACUGCUAUAACAACUGCAACUAGUAUACCAGAAAAUGAACAGCAAAUUAAAGGUAAUUUUGAAAAUUUUAGUGAUGACUAUUUGCAAAGAAACAAUGAUGUUGUGGAAUCAGAUAACGUUGUAGAUGAAAAGUCGACUGUUACUGUUGCCUUAAGUGAUGGUUUUCGUAUAAGAGUUGCUAAUCCUGGAGAAAGGCUACUUUCAAAAUAUUCUCAAACGAAUAGGCAACAAAAAAAAAGAGCUAGUAGUUUAAAGAAAAAUCAAAUACCCGUAAAACCAAAAGGUACCAGAAAAGUAUCUACUUCCCAACGUCCAUAUUCUGCUCAAUAUAUUUACAACAGAAAAAGAAAGGAAGCACAAAGAAACCGCUACUCUGAAGCAGAUUUACCACGAUUCCCAAAAACAGUCAGAAGUGAUCAGGAAAGAAGUAACUUAAGAGGUUCAGUAGCUAGUCGUCAUGAUGUUCGUUCUACACCACUUGCGCAUCAAGGUUUUAAUGUUAGGUCAACCAAUGAUGAUGAAGAAAUGUAUCAACAAGCUUUGAGGAUUGCACGCAGAAGAUUUAAUAGUCAUAAGGAUCUUGAAAAUGAAGAUUUAAUGGCUGAUGAUGAAAUCUCUGAUUACCCAGAAGAGCCAAGAACUAAAGGUACAGCUAGUAAGUUAAGAAAUACGUUGGUCGGUUCAAGUCGUCAAGCUGGUCCUAGUGAUGAUUUCGGUAUUCAGCCUACUUCAAGUUUCCGUCGUUCCCGUCCAUCUCAAUCCACCAGACGCACCACCUUAAGAGAUAUGCCACUAGAAGAUCUCGAACAUACACGUGAUUAUGGUCAAUAUAAUAAUGAUACAUAUUAUCCACAUUCGUCAAUUGGUAGAAGAAAAAGCUGGAAGGAAAUUUUAUUAGGUUCUGAAGCUGCUCGUAACAAUGAUGUGAAUAAUGGUAUUCCAUACGAUAGUUAUUAUGAUCAACCAACUUAUAAUGAUGAUGUUUACGAUAAUAAUUAUUUAGGUAAUCAACAAGAACCUCGUAAGCAAAAUUUAGAUUUGUUACAUCAUAAACAUCAUAAUAGACCACAUUCAAAGCACAGAAAAUCUUGGAAAAGUAUUUUAUUAGGAUAUGAUGAUUCUGUUACUAGUUUAUCGAGUGCAGGUCAAGUUGCUCCACAAAAUAAUUUGAAAUCACCAAAGUCAAAGAAAAUUUCGAAACAAUCAAAAAUUAAAAGAAAGACACCAGCUACUUAUAAUGGACAAGCAGUAGUGCCUGAUGAAGGAUUGCAGAAUGUUCAACAAGGUUUAGAUCCAGAUUUUGAGAAUGGUUAUAGUACUGCAGAAGAUGAUAAUAUGGAAAACUCCUCUCCAUUAGGAAAUUAUGAAGAAGGUAAUUUUUACGACGCUCCUGAAAUUCAACCAGAACAUGGUCAACAAGCUCAUGAAAGGCAAUAUCGUAAUAACAGUAGACAUUCGAAAUUAAGAUCAGUUUUAAUUGGUGAACCUGACUAUGAAAAUACUUCCAAAUCAAAGCACCCAUCAAAAAACCAAGACGGUAUAUCGCAACCUUAUGUAGAUGAUGAACAAGAAAAUAUUCAGUCAUCUCCUAAGACAACUCGUGAUAAAGCUUGGAAGGUAGCUUUAGUUGGUUCAACUCAAAGUACAAAAAGAAAACAAAGAGUAAGCACAGGUCCAUCGGCUGAAUAUCCUCAAGUAUCAGACGUGGCAGAUGAUAUACAACAUUAUGAUGCUACAAGAGGUAACGAAUACCAACAAUCUAAUAAUCGUCUUAUACGAAAGAAAUCCUUGAAAGAAGUUUUAGUUGGUUCUAACCGAAAUUCAGUAACAACUCCAAAAAGCACUUCGCAUUCGUCUGGAACUCAGUUUAACUCGCUUAUAGCAGAUGAUGAUAUGGACGAAUAUUAUGAUGCUGCCCCUAACACCUCUAACUUAAAGCGUCGUAAGUCCUUAAAAGAGGUUUUUCUAGGCCAAAAGGAACCAUCUGCUUCUAAUGACGCUUAUUAUGAUAAUGAAAAUGUUGGUAGUCCUUCGAGAAAUAGAAAUUCUUUGAAAUAUGUCUUGUUAGGUCAAACUUCUUCAUCAAGUCCUGUAAACAGAUCAAAUAGAAAUUCAACAAAGAGAAACUCUUUGAAUUAUAAUGAGAAUAAUGGAAUAGCUGAAACUAAUGAUGGUUAUGAAAACACAUAUGACCAAAGUGAAGCAGUCGAUGAAUUAUUAAACAAUACAGAGAUUCAGGCAGAAGAUUUUCAAUCUAAUGAAGAGGAAGAAGAAGAAUAUUAUAAUCAAUCGCCAAUCCCACAAGAAGGUCAGAAAUUGAAAAAAAUCUUGGUUGGUUCCACUUCAAAAUCCAAUGAGAAAUUUGAACCUCGUUCAGUUGCUAAGCAAAGGAAUCCACCAGUAGUACCAGGCAGUCAAGUUAUUCCAGAUGAGCCUGUUUCUGAUGAGGAGUUUGUUGAUACAAUUGAUAAUCAAAAUAAUUUGAGAACCGAUGAGGGAUCAUAUGAAGAUUUUCUAAAUGCCACCAAUGAAAAUGAUGCGAGGCAACCUUCUAAUAGCCAAGGUAAAUUGAGAACCCUUUUAGUAGGAAACAAUCAAGAUCAGCCAAUCGAGGGUGUGAAUGAAUAUUCAAACAAAGUAGUAAAUGGGGAUGUAGAAAAUGAAGAUGCAUAUUUGCCUGAAAAUGAACAAAGUAACCUUAGGCCUAGUCAACAGUUAGACGUUACAAGUCCAAGAAAUGCUGGUAAAAUGUCCAAGACAAAUAUAGAAGAUUCAAAACUUCCAGAAUCUAAUACUUCUCCUAAUACUGAAGAUCAAUAUUCAAUGCUAGGUAAUAUAUUAUUGGGCCCCACUGUUAGACAACAAAGAAAAUCAAGGAGUGACCUUCCAUUAAUGGAAAAAUCAGCACUUUCACCAAGGGAUGACGAACUUCAAGGUACUAACAAUCGGAACGAAAUUACUGAACCACAAGUUCUUCCAAACUCUACUAAUGGCGUGAAAACUUCGAAAAGAAGAUCAUUAGCUAUAGCCUUGAAUACCCAAAAUUUAAGAAAGAGUAUGGAGUCAGAAGGUGCUGUUGAUACUAAUGAUACUAUUGGAUCUCAAUUUGCUUCCAGUAAUAUGACUGCACCUGUAAACACAGAGCCUGUUAUGAAUACUACAUUAGAGGAUGAUCAAGAGAUGAACGACAUCAUUUCAGAUAAAGAAGAUACAGAUAUUCCUAUUGAACCUGUUACUCCUCCACUUGAAAAAAAACCAUCAAUUAAGUUGAGAAAUGUUUUGGUUGGUAAGAAAAAAAAUAAUUCUAAAAAUCGUAAUUCAGGAGAUUUCAAAAGAAAUUCUUAUAUGUCAAUUGAUUCACAACGAGGUGAGAUUUCAUCACCUAUUCAAGAUGAUGUCAAACCUUUGAGAAGUGUAUCUACUAGAGAUUCAAAAGUGAAGAGUUUCCUUGUUGGCAAGCGCAAAUCAAAAAAUUUAGAAAAUAUUGGUACACAAAAACUUUCAGAUGAGGAUGAAUUAUUAUCUGAUGAAGAUGUAGAUAUGAAUAAUAACUCUGAUGAUCAAUUUGAAGAUGCGUCUGAACCACCUGUUAGUUAUCAAGAAGAACGUUUGGAACAAAAUGUUGAACCACUUGAACAAGAUUUAGAAGAUGAACGUGAUAACAAUUCUUUAUUGUUAAACGAAGAGGAUUCAAUUGAAAAUACAGUAGAACCAAAGCCUAUUUCUAAGGAAAUCAAUGAAAUUUCUAGUGAUACUGAAACCCCUACAAACGAACCAAAACCUGCAAUUAAAAGUUCAUAUUUAAAUUUGGAUGAUAAUAACCAAGAUAAUGAAAGUACUAAUCUGAGUACAAUGAUGCCUACUUUUGGACCUCUUAAAGAAACAAAAGAAUCUAAUGUUAUCAGUCCAACGGUAAACGGACACGACGAUGAUAAUGAUGAAGAGGCUAGUAUAUUAGCUUCAGUUAAUGUGAGGGAAGGAAAUAAUGACACGGAAUUCAACAACGACGAUAUUUCUAACCCUGCUAAUAUUACAAACCCCUUUGAAGAUUCUAAUACUAAAGAUAAUUCUAGUCAAAUUAAAGAUGAAAUCGAUGAUAGUAAACUCGUAACUAAAAAGACAAAGAGUAAUAAGAAAUCUGUUGGGAAGAAAUCAGCAGGUUUACAAACACCGGUAAGUUCGAUUUCAAAUAAUUCUAUUCAACCAAGUAAUCCAUCUGAAAAAUUAAGAAGUUUAUUUGUUGGUAAUGCAGGUAAUAAGAGAGUGAGUGAAUCUGGUACAAGUGGUAAUUCUAAUAAAAGAAAAUCUAUGAUCAGUGCCAAUAAUAAUAGUACAUUAACCAGUGGUCCUAAAAAUAAAGACAAGACUAAUACAUCAUCUAAUAGAUUAUCUAAGAGAAUUUCAAUUAUUCCUAAUUUAAAGAGAAAAUCUACCAACGAUACGAUUUCUAAAAAAAGAGACUCGAGAGAUUCUAAACAGAAAUCAGUUCAAUCAGAUGGUACUAUUAAAGUUCAACCGAAGAAGAAAGUUAAACCAAAUGAAAAAAAUACAAUUAGAAACGUUUUAGUUGGUAAGGAUAGAAGUUCGAGGAAUUUCGAGAGUAGGAGUGAUUUUGAAAAUGUCAAUGCGAGUGUGAGUGCUGUUGCAAGUGCAAGUGCAAGUGCAAGUGCAACUGUAAGUGCAAGUGCAACUGUAAGUGCAAUUGGUACACCAUCAAGACAAAGAAAAUUAUCUAACAAGAAAAAAUCGAAUAUUUUGAAUGAUUCUAAUAUGGAUGUUGAAAAUAAUUCCAGAGAUAUUUUAGGAUCAAACCAAACUAAUAUUCAAGAUGAGAAUGAAAAUACAAAUGAGAUGGAAAGUGGUUCUUCUAACAAGAAUCAAUUGCUUGGAUUAUUCAAAACUCGUAGUUCCAAGAGUAAAGAAUCAAAGAAAAGACCCAAGAGUAAAUCCAGUUUUAGAGAUGUUUUAGUUGGCAAGCCAAAUGGUGAUGAUUCAGUUGGUGCUACUUCUGAGCAAGGUGAGGUCCAAGAUGAAGAGAUGAAUGUGGAUGAUAAAGCAGACGCAAUUGAGAACGAUGGCGUGAAUGAUGGCGUGAAUGAUGGCGUGAAUGAUGGCGUGAAUGAUGGCGUGAAUGAUGGCGUGAAUGAUAGCGUGAAUGAUGGCGUGAAUGAUAGCGUGAAUGCAAACGCAAACGUUUCUGAAGAAAACUUGCAAAUGUUUGGAUCUGCUAAUGACGAAGUAUUCCAUGACGCCAUGAUGUUGGAAGAAGAUCAAGGAAACAAUACAGGUGAUGUCACGGGUACCGCAAGGGAAUCCAACCUAUUUGAAUCUGUUCCUGAAAAUUCCCUGGCUACAAGUGAUCAUCCAAUGGAGGAUGAAGAAUUUGAAGAUAUUGUAUCAUCCGAUGAUGUGAUUGAGAAACCUCCCAAGAAAAAAUCUAGUUGGAGAGCUUUUUUCACUGGAUUUGACAAUAAUAGACAAGUUGUUGUUUGA